AGCUCUGCCUCUCCCUAAGGCAAAGGGAGCCCCAGGCCCGGCUGAGCGGGAGGGCAGGAUGGGCCCCGGGAGGUCUUGGCCGAGAUGCCCCUGAGAGCAGCUCUGCGGCCCAGCCAGCAUCGCGGCCCUAGCACCCGCAGGGGCGUGCAAGUGAAGGGUGAUCUCCGCAUCGCGUCAGCCCGACACCUCUCCUCCUUUGCCCACUACAGAAACCACUUUGUUGGAGAGAGCAGAAGAGCCCAGCGCUCCGGGAGCGGAGAUAAAGCGGGCACAGCAGCGGCCCCAUGGAGCUGCACGGCUGCGUGCCCUCUGCGGGAUGCAAACCGCCACCGCCUGCGCCCCUGCAGCAAGCUCAUUUCCUAAAAUGAAUGCUCCUAAUAUGCCUUAAUUCACACAUUUACUGUGGUUCCUGCUUUGCCAUUGAACCUAAAUCAUGAGACUGGGUUCAGCCUAGCAGCUGUCCUGAAAGGACAGGAACGUGUCUCCCUCUGAGAGCUUGCAGCUGAAAUGCAAGCUUUUUGCAUCGAGAGUGCUGGCCCAAGGGCACACCAUGCUUACUGCCAGCACCACCAGAAGGGGCUGAGCCUCCUCCUCUCAGCUUGCCUGCAAGAACAGGGAGCAGAAUUCGCUCCGUGCAACAGCCCAGCCAUAAAUACCUUCUCCAAUUCAUCAGCAGCAGUGCACCUGCUCUCAUACUGCAGGGACAUAGGCUCACGGAAAUCUCUGGUUUCAGGGUACGAGGAGCUUAACUGGGCACCAACCCCCCCAGUUCAAUAACGUGGAUCUAGGCCAGCUUUCGGAUGCCUGGUUAAGUCAUGUCUCCAGCACAGGCGUUCCUCUGGGUCCCACCACACGGUGCUGAAGCCUUGGCCGGGGGACAGCCAGCUCGCAGCAGCACCGUUCGGGAUGUGGGGUGACGAUGGUGACUUUGCAUGACCCGACUGAGCACCAGCCACCACGAACCACUGCCCUGUCCCCGUGGGGUGCCUCAGGGGUGUCAGGGCCAGUGUUUGGGGCUCUGAACCCCUCGAGGAGGGGAUCUCAGGGGAAGGGGUGCAGGAUCCUCCCCACGGAGAGGCAGAGCCUGCGCUGCCUGCAGGAAUGCAGCGAGGAGCUUCCCUCGUCACCCUGGCGAGGCGACCCGGGGCCUGCGCGCGGGGCUAUUUUGGUCCGUCUUUUUAUCACACACUCCUCCCUGUGGAAUUCACCCAACUAAAACCUUGCAAUCUGCAGCCUUCACUCUCAGAGGCGGCGAGCGCGCCGACGGUCCCCUUCCCCGGCACGCCAUGGCUGCACGGACCGUGCCCCACGCCUACCCCAUGAGUUCCGAGUAUGAGUUCGCCAACCCCAGCAAGAUCUACGACCAGAACUUUGGAGAAGGUGUGUCCCCAUGUGAGAUUCUAGCCCCUGCCCUGUACCACGGCUACUACAUCAGGCCCCGCAUCAACAAGCAGCUGGACCGAGGCACGUCCGAGGUCAGCCUCAACGAGCACAAGUUCCAGGUGUUCCUGGACGUCUGCCACUUCCUCCCCAGCGAGCUCACCGUCCGCACCGUGGACAACCUGCUGGAGGUGAUGGGGCAGCACCCGCAGAAGGCUGACCGCCACGGCUUCAUCUCCCGAGAGUUCACCAGGACCUACAUCCUCCCGCUGGACGUCGACCCCUUGCUGGUGAGGGCCACCUUGUCCCACGACGGCAUCCUAAGCAUUGUGGCUCCCCGGACGGGGAAGGAGGUGAAGGCCAGGGUCAACGAGGUGAAGAUAACCCACCAGGAGCAGGCGGUGGGGAAAGAAGAACGGUCUGGGGAGGGAAAAGGGAAGGAAGAGUCCUAAGGGCCCCAAAGCUGGGCUUGAGUGGGGGGUUAGGGGGGGACAGGGUGGGGAGUCACAGUGCCAGACCCCGAUUUCUCACCACCAGCGCCCAGCAGGGCUGGGAGGCAGCCGUGUAAACGCCAGACUUCUGCUUCUUACGGCUGAUGGUUGGAAAAAGGGGCUUGGAAUUGAAAAAAAGAAAAGGGGACUGAAGUGUUUGUGUGAGGGACUGUAAUGCAAGUUUUCUCCUGGGCCAAGCGCCCGCUGAGCACCAUGCCCUUCCCUCUCCCCGCGUGGGAAGGGUGACUCUCACCCAGCGCCAGCCCAGAAGCUGCUCCUGCCCCAGGGAAGGAACGAGCCCAGCGCCUCGAUUCGGAGCCGGCGGCUGACCUGUGUGCAGACACAGGGCUCUCGUUGGUCUGUAAAAGCGCCUGCAGCUCUCGGGAGGAAGGAGAAAUAAAUCUGCCUCCGGCCUGCUGUCGUUCGCCCCGGGUUUGCAUUGCUUCUGGCCACGCCGCGGGCGUGGGCUUGUGGAGGCUCACGGUGAGAGUCCAGAGCUGGAGCUGGAGUCAGCCCGAGUAAAUAAUCACCAAGCCAUGGCCCUGCCUCAGACCACUCGUUUGUGGGGCGUGAGGCUUGUCCACACGCAGACCACUCAGCUCUAGUGAGGGGAGCAAACCCCAAAAUGCCGAAGGGAAGGGCUCUGCUCAGGUCCCAAACACCUCGCGGGCAUCCCAGCACCCGCUGUGGAGCCACAGAGGGGAGAAUUCUGCCCCUUUUGCAGACACGGUGAUGCUACCGGCUACAUGAGAAACCCAUCCACGGCCGUGUGAUGCUGGGCCAGGGAUCGGGUGUGCUGCUGCCGGCAGCAGCUGCUGCCUCGGCCGGCCCCAGGGCUCAGCAGGCGCCAGGCACAAUCCUCGUCAGUGCCAAUUAAAGCAGCCAAAUUGCUGUGUCACUGGCCAAAUAUGGGGGUCCCUGGCAGGGCUCCGUGCAGCCCUCCCAUGGGAGACGGAAAAGCUCCAGGGACCCAUGGCCGGAGCCUCCUCCUGCCGGGACGUGGCUGUGGGUUUCUGCACGCUGCCUCCCUGCGCGGACAGGACCAGAAAGGCCGUGCUCAGGCUGCUCCUUCGCCCACCAACCUCCGUGCUGCUGCUUUCUGCUCCUCGGGGCCCCUGCCAGCAGUGGGGGUCAGAGGGAAGCGGAGAGCUGCCCCACUUGCCAGCACCAUGGGAGCGAGCAGGAGGGUGACUGAGCAGCCAUCCUGCCCAGUGCACAUCACCCACACCCGUGGUACGUGCUGCCGAGGGAUGCCCUUACUCUGUAGGACCAGAUAAGCUGCUGCCAGAGAGCAUUUCAGUUGCUGCCAAAAUGAAAAUCUUU